AUGUACUGGACUUCGCUCAUCGCUUUGGCGCUUAUUCGGCCCUCACAGGCGCUGAUUCGUUUCGGAUGCUCACAGCUCGUCGUCGACAGACUGGACCCGCUGGUGAAUCCGGGCAUGGAACCGAGUCCACAUCUACAUCAGAUCAUAGGCGGUAACUCCUUCAACGCUUCCAUGUACAAGGAGGACCACGACCUGGCCAAGCUCUCCACUUGCACAUCAUGCCAGCCUUCAGAGGACUUCAGCAACUACUGGACUGCUUCCUUGUUCUUCCGUGCUCGCAAUGGCACGUACAAGAGAGUUCCACAAAAGGGCAACGUAGGAUUUGAAGCUCAAAGGGGCGGGAUGACCGUAUACUACAUGCAAGCCUCUCUUGGGGACUUCCAACAAAAGGCCAAAGUCAAAGCUUUCCAACCCGGCUUCCGCAUGCUUAUCGGCUCACCCAGCGCCUCGACCAAACCCGAAGCCGACAAAUACCCUCAACUUACAUACACCUGCCUACAAGACAUGAACACGCGCUACCCCGAGACGAAAGACUUCCCAGCCAAGCCCUGCCCCGCUGGCAUCAUGGUUAAUCUACGCUUCCCUACCUGUUGGAACGGCGUCGACCUCGACAGCCCAGACCACAUCUCGCACAUGUCGUAUCCCGCGAACGGUACAUUUGAGAACCAGGGCCCAUGUCCGGCGUCGCAUCCUGUACGUGUGGCGCAGGUCAUGUACGAGGUCAUCUUCGAGACGAAAGCGUUCAACAAGAAGGCGGAUUGGCCCACGGAUGGCUCGCAGCCAUUCGUCUGGUCCUUCGGAGACACAACUGGGUUCGGAAACCAUGGCGACUAUGUGUUUGGCUGGAAGGACGACUCGCUGCAGAAAAUUCUGGACGAGGAGUGCUAUGUGCAGUGUAAGACGAUGAAGACGCAGAGUAUUGAGGAGAUGAACAGAUGCUCCAUACCGAAGAAAGUGGAUGAGGAUGUCGGAGAUGAUGCCUGGAUCGAUGCUAUCCCAGACGAGACCGCGAUACGUUUCUGGUCCUCUCCUUAG